AGAGCAGAGAGAGAGACAGAGAGAGAGAGAGCGCAGAGAAAGAGAGGGGCACAGUUUGCUCCUGCAGCGCUGCAAGGACAGACUGCACUGACAGAGGAGGACACACACACACAGCCCAGCCUGAAGAGAGACAUGUCUACAUAACAGAACCAUCAGCACACUAACCAUUUCUGGACACUGACAGCAACACAGAACACAAAUAGAUGCCAAGGACUAGCCCCUCAAAACAACCUCACCCUCACAGAGAGGGAGGUCACAGUUUGAAGGUGGAACAGUUAGAAGACGGACACAGUAAAGGUGAGGGAAGACAUUUGUUCUGGAAGAGACCAACUAAAAACAGGAGUAAUCAACAGUAUCAUCUCCUCUCUGCGAUAUAGCUCUUGGAAGUGAAAAGGAGAGACUUUGCAGUACAGGGCACUGGGCUGUGCUGCUCUGCCUUAAACACUCAUACCCUUCUGUGCUGCUUCUGCUGCUACUGCUGUUCCAAACCAGGCUACAUCAGACAGAGGUACGCUGAACGUAGCAGCUCUGCUCUACACUCUAGCUAGCUGUACUGCACUGACUAACUGAUUGACUGACUGACCAUGAGUGAGUCGAAGAAGGGUGAUCUGGCUAUCCGGGAUAAAGCCAUCCUGGGCCAGCAAAGGCGUCUGAAGCAGGCCACCCAGUUCACACACAAAGACUCAGCCGACCUGCUGCCCCUGGAUGGGCUCAAGAGACUGGGCACCUCCAAAGAUCUGCAGCCCCACAGUAUCGUGCAGCGCCGCCUCAUGGCGGGAAACAUCACACAACUGCGUGGCGAGGCCCGCGUGGGUAGACCCUCGCCCCUGGUCGACAGCAAGGAGGGGGGCGCCGGCGACGCAGAGGAGAAGAGUGAGAGCACGGCUGACGACUCCACGGAGGAGAGCGAGAGGAGCCUAGAGACGAGGUCGGACGAGGAGGAGGACAGCAGCGAGGCCGGGGGGAAGACAAGCAGCACGGCUGGGAACGAUAAAACAGAGGAGGGGAGGAAGGAGAGGCCUCUCACUACCCUGCUGGUCCAGUGCAAGGUACGCUUGAACACCCAUCCUUCCUUCAUUUUGGCCUCAUGGGUUUUUUAUUAGCCUAAAUUAAAUCUC